AUGACAACGGUGGCCCAGGAGUAUCCCUAUGUUGCAACUGUGUCUAACGAGUUGCUGCAAGAAGUCUGCUCUGGUUGCUUUUUGCGACGUUCCGAUGUAAAACGGUGUGCCCGAUGCAAAGUGCUCUACUACUGCUCACAGCAAUGUCAAAAGGACGAUUGGGCGGAUCAUAAGGAAGAAUGUGCCUUGUUGGCAAACGUUAGCCCGAAAAUCCCGACUGCAAUGGCCCGUUUGAUGACGAGGAUUUUGUUGAAACGACGACGAGAAGAACAAGGGACAGCCACUCCCUACACGGCUUUCAACACGAGAACAUUCGAGGAAUUGAUGGACCACAAGGCGAAUAUACAAAAGGACGCAACCCGAUGUGAAUUCUUCGUCUGCUUAUCGCAGGUACUCUACGAAUACGUUGGACCUGAUCUUCUACGACCGGCUGAGAAUUUACUUUCAGUUUUUGGAAAAAUUGUCGUCAAUUGCUUCUCGAUUUUCGAUGAUGAACUCACGACGAUUGGGACUGGGCUUUAUAUUGGGCUUUCCGGUCAAGAUCACUCAUGUUGUCCGGAUGCUUUUGUGUUGUUUAACGGAAAGAAAGCGUUGUUGAGAGUGCCACAUUCGAAUGCAAAAUACUCGAGAGAGUUACGUGUCUGCUACACGGAAUUAAUGCAAUUGAACACACGGCGAGGGCUCGAGUUGAAGCAACACUACUAUUUCAAUUGUAGCUGCCGUUUGUGUCAAGAUCUGCAACGGGAUUCACUUGCUCGAUCUCUGCGUUGCACCCGUUGUCGAGAUGGGGUUUGCCUGGUUGAUGAAGAAAUGAGAGAAUUGGUGUGCCGAGACUGUGGACAACCGCAAAAAAUAACGAUUCACGAGGCUCUCUCAAUGAAUCAAGAGCUCGAAUGGGAAUUGCAAAGAUGUGAAAAGGACAAGACUUUGCAGUUAAAUCGUCAACUACAAGAAACCAUUGAGAAAUACGAGAAAUUCAUCAAGGUACUUUCCAAUGUCAACAUGUUCUUGGCGAUCUACGGGCAACGGAUACUUUCGGGAGCGUUUCAAAUGAAGAAAACGGAUUUGUUGGAGAAAUAUGCAUUUGUCUCGGUUAGAGCAUUCAAGGAAUUCCUCCCAGUUGGUCAUCCCGAACUAUCGAUUCGUUUGUUGAUGGCGGCUGAGGCGGCGGCGAGCAGUCCACAUUUGACGGUGGAUGUUGUCGUGGCUGUUGAUGAGGCCUACUCCUCAUUGUUGAUCAGUCAUGGUCCUCAGCACCCACUUUCUUCCCAAGCAGCCGCUAUGCAAGCUAACAUCCGCACUCGACUCCAAAAUCAAAAUGCUUGU